CCAAAAAGCAACUUACACGGUUUCACUAUAAUACUACAUUCAUUCCUCACUUCAAUACACAACCAGUGCCAUCAUAUCAAAUCCACCCUCCAAUCACGCUCAUUGGAUUCCAUAAAUACUCUCAUCCAACCAUCCAAAUCCCGCCACGUAAUCACUCUUAAUCACCCUCCACAAAAUCAUCUCGUAUACAAUCACACACUCUCUCUUCCUUCCUUUUUCGCCACUUGCUAUGUUUCAUCAAAUCUAACAGAAUCAAAUCAAAACAGAGCAAAACAGAGAUUAAAUUAGUUACUAAUGCUAAGAAAAAACAGAACAAAACCAAAAUCAACAAAAAUGGAUACACUUCCCGGAAAAAUCAGAAAACGAGGAUGUUCAUCAUCAGCAUCAUCAUCUUCAUCAGUAAUGAAUCAAAAUUACAGAUUCAAACGCGCUAUUCUAGUUGGGAAAAGGUGUGGAUCCACUACACCUGUACCUACGUGGAAGCUUCUGAACUCACGAUCUCCAUCGUCGGCGAUGAGGAUACUUGAAUCGCCGAAAUAUCCGCCGUCGAUGUCUGGUAGUAAAUCGAAACAAGCUCCAGUUUCGGCGAGGAAAUUGGCGGCGACUUUAUGGGAAAUGAAUGAGAUUCCUUCGCCUAGUGUUAAGGAAAUGCGUAAUGAAUCUAAUGAUCAUGUGAAGUUGAAAAAAGAGGUUAAAUCAAAAGAUAGGGUUGCGAUUGGUAAUGGAAAUUCUAGGUCUAUUUGUUCUGCUUCUUUGCCUCCUCAUUUGUCUGAUCCAUCACAUAGUCCUACAUCAGAGAGAAUGGAUCGAUCUGGAACUGGUAAUCGUCAUAGAAGAACACCGUCGAAUUCUCACAGGUCGAGGAUCACAGAAAACCGUGUUGGACCUUUGGAUUCUCUUAGCAAUGCCAGUGUUAUGGAGGUUGAAACCAGAUCUCGCGCACAGACCCCUGCUUCAUCUACUGUGGGAGUUAAACCGCGUUUGAAAGAUGUCAGUAAUGCUUUAACAACAUCGAAAGAGCUACUUAAAAUUAUAAACCGCAUGUGGGGUCACGAAGUCCGUCCUUCUUCUAGUAUGUCUCUUAUCUCAGCUCUACAUACUGAGCUCGAGAGAGCUCGACUACAGGUCAAUCAGCUUAUCCAUGAACAACGCUCAGAUCAGAAUGAGAUAAAUUAUUUGAUGAAGUGUUUUGCUGAAGAAAAGGCUACUUGGAAAAUCAAGGAGCGAGAAAUUGUUGAGGCUGCAAUUGAAUCUGUUGCAGGAGAACUUGAUGUAGAGCGGAAGCUCAGGAGACGUCUGGAAAGUUUGAAUAAGAAGCUUGGGAGAGAACUGGCUGAGACCAAAGCAUCCCUUCUUAAGGUGGUGAAAGAACUUGAAACUGAGAAGAGAGCAAGAGAAAUUAUUGAGAAAGUAUGUGAUGAGUUAGCAAGAGAUGUCGACGACGAUAAAUCCGAGAUAGAGAAACAAAGGAGAGUGUCAACAAAAGCUUGUCAAGAGGUAGAUAAAGAAAAGGAAAUGAUGCAGUUAACCGAAUUUUUACGCGAGGAGAGAGCUCAAAAGAAACUCUCCGAGGCAAAAUAUCAGCACGAGGAAAAGAAUGCUGCUGUUGAUAUGCUCAGAAAUCAGCUCGAAGCUUUUCUAGGAAGCAAACAAGUUAGAGAAAAAGGGCGUAGUUCCACCCAAUUGAACGAUGAAGAAAUUGCUGCAUAUCUGGGAAGAAGCAGAUUAGGCUCCCAUCAAACCGGAGAUAAAGAAGAAGAUGAAGGAGAGGUUGACAAUGGAGUAGAGUGCGAAGAGGAAUCCGGUGAAAGCGACAUGCAUUCUAUAGAGUUAAACAUGGACAACAACAACAAAGGCUAUAAGUGGACCUACCCUUCUGAAAGCCGAUUCGAUACAAGAAAAUAUCCAAUCGAGGAAGAAACAAAAGGUAGGAGGUCUAUCUCUGGGAGAGCUUCAAGGAUAAGCACAUCUCUGCAAAGGAGUAUAUCAGAUGGAGUGGAAUGGGGCAACCAAGGUGAUGAGAAGCUCCAAAAUUCAGGAGAUGGAAUAGAUUGGGAAAGCUUUUAUGAAUUGGAGCAGCAAGAAGCUCAAGGAAAAAGUUAUGCUGACGAAAUACAAGGCUAUAAAUCAGUGAAAGGUUUAAAGGAUCAGAUAUUGGCUGGUGCUAGGCUUGCAUCUUCUAAAGGUUAUGCAAGUCCAACUAGACAAUUUUCCCAACCUUGGCCGUCACGAGAUCCUACAAAUACCUUCCAAGAGAGACAUGCUACAAUGCAGGGAAAUAAUCAAAAAUCAAGGUUAGGGGAAGCCAGAGGCGAGGCUCAGAGUGUAAGAAAGUCAAAAAGAUGAAAAAUGAUAAAAUCUUUUAACACAAUGCCUUGCUUGCCAAGCAAAUACUCUUUGCUAUCAUAUAGACCUAUUAGCCUGCUAGGAGAAACCAAAAGAAGCUUUUCUCCAUUUCACGUUUUAUUUUAUUGAUAACCAUGUAAUGCUAAAGUUGCAGUACUCUGCUGCUUAAUUUUUCCUUGGACCAAUACUAAGGUAUGGUCUUGUUUGUAGAGUUCAGAACAUGUGUUAUAAGUUAUAACUUAUAAGUAUUAACCGCCAAGUUUUUUUUUCCUU